AAACUUGUGCCAUAUGUUUGUGCUAAAAUACAAUUUUAAAUAACUACAAAACAAUUUUAUGUUUGUGAUGUAUGUUAAAUGAACGUUAAACAAUUUAGUUAAUAUAACAUUUACAAAUUAAUGAGACUUUUUAUGAAUAAAUAAUUUACAAACUCAUAGCGAUGUUUAUUCAAGAUUUGAAAGAAGAAUUUUAUGGUCGCUUAGUUGGAAAGCGUAUUUUGAUGAUUGUAAAUUAUGAUAUUGAUGCCAUUUGCGCUAGUAAAAUAUUACUAGAACUGUUUAAGUAUGACCACAUGCUUUAUUCAGUUGUGCCAAUAAUGGGUAUAGCAGGUUUGCGUCGUGCGUAUGAUGAACAUCAGUGCGAUGUGAAAUAUGUGGUGCUUGUUAACUGUGGUGGCUGUGUUGACAUAGUUGGAAUGUUACAACCAGUCGACGAUGUUACAUUUUUUGUGUGUGAUUCUCAUCGACCGUUUGAUGUUUGUAAUAUAUACAGUGAUAAGCAGAUUUGUAUAUUAGCUGAUCCAACAUUAGAGGGAAAUAUUCCUGCCUUUGAGUCGAUAUUUUGUGAAUCUGAUAAUGAAAAUGCUGGGUCUGAUGAUAAUAGCACUGGAGAAUCUGACAAUGGUGAUUGUCAACAAGUUGAAAAGUUAAGCCGAUUCGAGAAACACGAUCGCAAUAUACUAAAGCAUCGUCAAAAACGUUCCUGGGAAAAUGAACGUAACCGUAUCAUGUUUCAAUAUACGCAAUACAGCUACUACGGUCGUUCGUCUGCGAUUAUUGUCUAUGAUCUUGCAUGGAAGCUUUCAAAAGAUAAUAUGGAUUUACUUUGGUGGGCAAUAGUAGGAAUUACAGAACAAUUACUUUUAGGAAAAAUAGAAAGUUCCGCUUACACAUUAGAAAUUGAAUGUAUACAAUCGCAUAUAUCACGAUUAACUCAUAAAAAUAAUGAUCAAGGCAAUUUAAAUACAUCAAAAAUAAGUUUUGAGAAUGACCUGCAUUUGGUACUUUAUCGUCAUUGGAGUGUCACUGAAUCUAUAAAAUAUUCAAUGUAUUCUGCAUGCAAACUUAAACUUUGGACACUUCGUGGUGAAAAAAAGCUUCAUGAGCUUCUCGUGGAAAUGGGAUUGCCUUUGGUUCACGCUAGACAAACUUAUAAAUCUAUGGAUUUAGUGCUACGCCAAGAACUAACUUCCAUGUUUGAAAAAUUGGCUGAAAAAUAUGGCAUAACUGAUAUUAUAUAUGGAUCAUUUACUCUGAGCUAUGGUUAUCGUAAUCGUUAUUCAGGUGCAGAUUAUGUUUAUUCAAUGUUAGCUAUAUUGGAAUCAGUUAAAAGUGAUAAGACGCCAGAAUAUUGCUUUUUGGAAGCUCUAGACAGUCUAUCUAGAACUCAUAAGAAUAUAUUAGCAGCUGGUAUCGAAAAAGCGAAACUUUUGUUAGCAGCUGUUUUUCGGCAAGUCCAAACGGUUCUAGAAGCUCGUCAAAUUCAUUCGACUGGCUCGUUUUUUUAUUAUGUUCUUAAUGAAGAAAAUUCCUUUUUUUCGUAUCCCUAUGGAUUGUUGCUGCUAGCAAAAUUUAUAUUAAAUGGUCAUGUUACAGUUUCACGUAAUAGACAUGCUUCACAGUUGCCUUUAAUUGCUAGCUGUCCAAUAGAUUUAGAAAGUGGUCAAUGUUUACUAGUAGGUAUACCACCGCUAAGUGAACAUUCGAAUAAAAAUUUCUUUGGCAAAGCGUUUGAACAGGCUGCUGUGAAAAGUAAUGCGGCUGUAUUACAAGACUUUUUUGAGGGAUCUUUAAUACAAAUUAGACAAAGUGAUCUAACUAAUUUUAUUGAUGCAUUAACUGUACUCCUCACAUAGAUGAUUCUAAAAUCAGUGGACUUAAAAUAUGUCAUAUUUUUUAAAGCUUUAAACAGUGUGAAAUUGGAGUUUCCACAGUCAUGUCCUAAACGAUAAGAAAUGUGAAAAAUAAAUACUUUGAUAAUUCAAAUUUAAUUGAGCUAGUAAAAUAUCAAAUUUAGAUAUUUUAAAUUUAAUUAUAGAAAAUAUAUGUAAUUAAUUUUUAAAUGGAUCAGUUUAUUUGUAUUUUAUAUUUAUUUAAAUGUUA